AUGGGCCUGGAGAGCUGGUUGGAGGCGACGAAAGGUAAUCUUGUUCUACACACUUUGGAAGGUGUUACUUUGUGGGAGAGCUUCCAUUUUCCGACAGAUACCCUUCUCCCCCAACAACUACUCACUAGAAAUACAAAGCUUGUCUCCUCAAGGAGCCAGAGCAAUUAUUCCUCUAGUUUCUACAAGCUUUUCUUCGACAACGAUAUCCUUCUCUGCCUUCUUUACGAUGGACUUGAGAUUUCCAGUAUUUAUUGGUUUGAUCCAUGGCUUGUGAGUUGGGAUGCUCAAAGGUCCACGAACAACAAUAGUAGAAUUGCAGUGCUUGAUUCCUUAGGGAACUUCAGUUCUUCCGAUGAUUUUACUGCGGUAUCAGCUGAUUAUGGGGCUGUGCUUCAUAGAAGACUGACAAUAGAUUACGAUGGUGAUAUUCGAGUCUACAGCUGGAAAGAGAAGGAGGAGAAGUGGGUUAUUUCAUGGCAAGCCAUUCAGAAACCUUGCAAGAUUCAUGGUAUUUGUGGGGUCAACAGUAUAUUCAGCUAUGUUAUUGGUUCUGAGAGGAAAUGCCUUCCACGAUAUACUAUGAAAAACCAUACCGAUUGGUCUUAA